AUGAACACUGUCAAAUCAUUCUGGAUCGGCUGGGGCUCCCUCAUCGUCGCCGGCGGCGGUGCCUACUACUUUGCAAAGCAGCAGAUCAACGCCGACCGCCGCGAGAAGCACCUCCGCCGUCUGCAGCAGCAGCAAUACAACGACAGCAGCUACCUCGAGCACGACAACGCCGGCUCGCCAGCGCGCGAGACGGCCGGCGAUCCGGCGGCGACGAGGCACGAGCCGCAGACGGAGGAGGAGGCCCUGAGGGAGAAGGGCAAGUAUGAGGCGAGGGUCACGUAUCAGAGUAGGAGGGGGGAUCGGUUUAGUUAG